AUGUCGCUUCAAGUCAACGACUCCCGGUCGCGCACUCGCUCCAAAUCCCCCGGUCGCGAUCGCUCGCGAUCGCGCGACAGCCGUGCUCCGUCACCCCGCUCCCGGUCCCCAGCAGUGCCAACCCGUUACAGUCCAGAUGAAGAAGCCGAGAUUGAACGCCAAUACAAGCUGAUGCGUGACCGCGAUGUCGAACCGCAAACCAUCUCCCGAGCCCCACGCAGCUCCCGCUACGACGUGAGCCGCACGGGCUCAGACGAGGACAAGCGUCGUGAUCGCGACAGAUCACGUCGCGAAGACCGCUACGAACACUCCGACGAUGAGCGCACCCGUCGCGAAUACAUCCCCGCCAAAUCGACUUCCACGUCCGCGUCUACCUCCCUGCCAUCGCGCCCUCGCAGACGCUCCCCCGAUCGCGGAAGUCGCGUCGACGACUCCGAUAGCUCCGUCGACGAUGAAUUGGCCUACGGGGACGCGCCAGGCUCUCAUCCCAGCUAUGCACGUCCCGUGAAGUAUAAUUAUGCGCAGCCGCAUAUCAGCCACGCUCAGCCUGCGCGUCCUGCUCAGCCCUACCCCGGUGCGGGGACGGAUUGGGCCCCUGUGCCUGAGUGUGAGCGUCCAGGCUUCGUGCCCCCUUCUUCGCAGCCGGAUACUGCCUCGAUGCCGGGUGCGUUCCCGCCGGCUUCGAGCUAUGCGAGUGCCCCCAGUGUGCCUGCUCAGGCUGCGCCGUCGGUUCCGUAUGCUUCGAGCGCGAACUAUGCGCCGUCGUCGCAUCAUCGGACGGCUUCGGCGAGUGAUUCUGGUUACGCACCUGCUGCGUCGGGGUAUGCGAACCCGGGCGUCUUCCAGUAUGCUCAGGUCGAUCCGAAUGUCAAGUAUACUUCGAAGGGUGCCGCGAAGCCUGCGUACACGGCUUCGGCGCAUGAGCAGUUCCCCAGACAGCCGUCUUCACAGCCUAAGCCUCAGUCGCAGCUUCAGUCGCAGCCUCAACCCCAGGUGCAGUAUCGUCAGCCAUCACCACAGCCUCAAUCGCAGCCAUCACAGUCCUCGCAGCCCGCACAGCCUCAGGAGCCAUACAGGUACAAGUAUGAGCCGCAGUUUGUGGAAAUCGCACCAGGUGGUCGAUCUGGAGCUCGUCCUCACAGUCGCGCUGGGUCGUCCAGCAAUCUGGCAGUCGCUGGGCCUAGCUCAAGCCAUGCAGGCCAUCCCCCUGCUAGUCCGCUACUAGAGCCGUAUCACGGGACAUAUCAAUCGAUUUCGCCCAUGCCAUCUCCGAUUGCGAUCCCCUCCAUCCGCGAUGAGGACAUCUCGGACGUGGAGCCCCUCGAUGGCGGAGCCUCGGACUCAGGCCGUCGCAGAAGGCACCGCUCUCACUCCUCCGUCGGUGAGAAAGAUCGCCCCCGCACCAACAAGGACAAGAAAGACAAAGAGCGAGGCUCCGGCGACGACAAGCGCAGACCAACCCACACCCGCCUGGACUCUUCCUCCUCCGUCGCCGACUCAAUGGUCCUCAUCUCCCCGUCGGCCCGCAAACGCGUCUCAUUCUACGAUGCCGCCGCAGACGCCGCCGCCAUGCAAGCGGCCCUCAACCACACCCGCCAUGUCGACAACAAACCUCUCAUUCAGAUCCUACCCCGUCUCACUAGUGACGAGAUUCUCACCCUCCGCCAGGAAUACAAAGCCCGCGUCCGCAUGCAAGGCAAAGGCAUUAAUCUUGCCAAACACCUGCGUCUCAAACUCGGUUCCUCCAACUUCGCCAAAGUCUGCUACGCCACUGCCCUCGGUCGCUGGGAAUCAGAAGCCUACUGGGCAAACUGCUACUACCAAGCCGGGACCUCGCGUCGCGAACUCCUCAUCGAGUCCCUGAUGGGUCGUUCGAAUGCGGCAAUUCGUGAGAUCAAAAACUCGUUCCGCGAUACUCGCUAUGAGAAUAGUCUUGAGCGGUGCAUGCGUGCUGAGCUGAGGGCUGAUAAGUUCCGUACGGCGAUUCUGCUCGCGCUCGAGGGUCAACGGCAGGAUGAUCGUGAGCCGUUGGAUAAGCGGCUGAUUCGCAAUGACGUGCAGGACUUGCACUAUGCGCUUACUCGGGGUGGUGAAACUGCCAUGAUUGAGAUUAUUGUUUUGCGGAGUGAUGAACAUCUGCGCGAAGUGCUUCGCGCUUACGAGGAUAUGUACCGGCAUAACUUUGCCAAGGCUAUGAUUCAGAAGUCUCGGAACCUGGUGGGAGAAACUCUGGCUCACAUUCUCAAUGGAGCGAUUAAUCGUCCGAUGCGCGACGCUCUUCUUCUCCACCAAGCUCUGCGGGAAUCGCAGAGUGGCCGCGAACGCUCUGAACUGCUCAUCUCCCGUCUUGUGAGACUUCACUGGGAACCUAGACACCUGGCGCAGGUGAAGACGGAGUAUCGACGGAGAUAUCGGGAGCGGCUGGAAGAGGCCAUCGCGGAAGAGAUUCUGUCUCUGAAUGGAGGCCAAGAAUGGGGUGAGUUCUGUAUCGAGUUGGCGCGCAGUGCAUAA